GGGCGGAGCCGGCGGGGGCGGUGGGCUCCCUAUGGGACUUUCCAAAAGCAAACCCAAGUCUAGGAAAGGCGAGGAGGCGAGGGCGCGCGGCUCUUCCGGCGCGAGGCCGAGGGAAGGGUCGACGGACAGGCGCUCUCCGGAGGCCGAGGAGCCUCUGACCAAGCCCGCGGAGAGCCCCCCGGGGAAGAAAGGGGCAGCCAAGGGAUCGCGGCCUUCUUCAUCCGAAGUCGAAGAGAACCCUGAUGGAAAGGUAAAGGCGAGCAAGAAGAACGUUGUCAUUCCACAGAUCACCAUCACUAGAGCCUCAAAAGAGACUCUGACCAGCUACAGUUCCAUCGGAAGCGACGAGCAGAGAACCAUUAAGGAGCAGGUUGAAUGGACGCCCUACUACCGACACAGAAACCCCAGCACCGUAGAUGCCUAUCAUUUCCGAGAAUAAACGAGCACUGAGUAGCUG